AUGGCCUACUGCCGGCAGGAAGGGAAGGAUCGAAUUAUAUUUGUGACCAAAGAAGACCACGAGACUCCAAGCAACGCAGAGCUGGUGGCCGACGACCCCAAUGAUCCAUACGAGGAGCAUGGACUGAUCCUGCCAAACGGAGACAUCAACUGGAACUGCCCAUGCCUUGGGGGGAUGGCCAGCGGCCCGUGCGGGGAACAGUUCAAGGCAGCCUUUUCCUGCUUCCACUACAGCAAGGAGGAUGUCAAGGGGUCGGACUGUGUUGACCAGUUCCGGGCCAUGCAGGAGUGCAUGCAGAAGUACCCAGACCUCUACCCCCAGGAGGAGGAGGAGGAGGAAGAGGAGAAGCCAGCAGAUCCCUUACGGGAAGCAGCUGCCUCCGAGGCCAGUGCAGCCAAAGAGGAGGCGGCAUCGAGCUAA